AUGUCUAUCUGCGCUGAAUGUAAUGCUUCUGCUGCAAGAAAACCAACGGUUAAUUGUGACGGGUUCUGCAAACGUCUUUUUCAUUCUUCCUGUGUUGGAGUUCCUUCUGAAGUCCAAAAAUUAUUACCAACUUGUCCUGGGUUAUCUUGGAAAUGCGAUAAAUGUUAUAAUGAUGUAAACGACAGUUUUUACACUAACUUAAAAUCAAAGAUAGAAACUCUUUUUGAGGAUUUAAAUUCUCUGUUUAAUAAUGCUAAAAUUGAUUUUAAACAAAUGGCAGAAGAAAAGCUUAAAUCCUUGCAACCUACGUCAUCACCUUUGGUUCAAACCUAUACAGAAAAAUUAAGUAAAAAGUCAUCAAUAAUUAUCAAACCCAACGAUGAAUCUCAGCUUAACUCUGCUACAAAAAUGGAUAUUAUGAAAAAAAUUAACCCUCUGGUAAACAACAUUAAUUCAGUUAAAAAUAUUAAAAACGGUGGCCUAAUAGUGGGUUGUAAUGAUGUUAAUGAAGCGAAUAAGUUUAAGGAAAUAGCUGAUAAGGAACUGAAAAAUUACAAAAUUAAAGAUGCAAAUAAAAUCCAACCUAGAGUCAGAAUUGUCGGUCUUUCUGAAAAAUUGAAUGAGGAAGAGAUUAAGCAGUAUUUAUUUUUACAAAAUUUGCGACCAAGCUUCAGUUAA